CAGCCGGUCCACUUCGGUUGUCGUUUCACGCAUCCGUGCUUUCCCAACAUCUUGAAUAUUUUUUUCGUCUUCACCUUGUGGUUAUUUUUUUUUCUGUUGCACUCAGAAUCGUUCAUCGGCAUCUUCGUCACCAACCACGCGCACGCAGCACGUACGUGCAGGAACGUACAGCAAAAGAAGCACGGCACAUCGUACAUUGCAUGUAAGCGCUCUGUGUGCGCAGUGCUAGUAGCUCGCUGCUUGUGUGUGGUCGUCAUUCAGCGAACAGACAGACAUCUGAAAGGUUGCUCUUAAAGAUGCUGCGUCAUACUCACCAACUUCCCCUGCUAUCCUCCACUUUAUGAGAAGACUCGCUGAUUUGUCACGACCAGAACAUUCCGUCUGGAGUAUUCGGUACUUGGUGAUUGUGAAUAUUAACGAUUUAAUAGAGAAUUCGUCAAGUUUUGAAGACGGAAAAUGGACAUCGAGAUCAACAGAGAGGAGAUUUCGAAUGCCAGCAUGGACACCAACAACUCCAGCUCCAUGGUUGACCUGUAUGUCUUACAUCCGGUCAAGGACAUCCUGAUUGCGACCUUUGUCCCCGUGUUCGUCAUUAGUCUGACCGGUAACCUCUUGGUCAUCUACGUCAUUGUGCGCAACCGCAGUAUGCACACUGUCACCAACUUCUUCCUGCUGAACCUGGCUGUCUCCGAUCUCCUGGUGACGCUCUGUUGUAUCAUCCCCACCCUGAUGUACUUCAUUCAAGUCUCCUGGACGUUGGGGGCGUUCAUCUGCAAAGCUCACAAGGCAACCAUCACCAUGACGACCACAGCUUCGGUGUUUAUGCUGACUGCCAUCUCCAUGGAGCGCUACAUCGUCAUCCUGUACCCCUUUCAGACCAAGAGGGUUCUGACAGUCCAGCGUCUGGUUGGCGUCGUGGGGGUGAUCUGGUGGCUGAGUAUCAUCAUCAGCCUACCCAUGUUCUUAUCCUACGACCUGGUUCCCGCCUACGAGGAGAACGUCUACUGCGGGGCCCACUACCACUUUGUAGAAAAUGGCGCCCAAGCUCACGGGAUUGUCAUGGUGGUUGUCUGCUACUUGGUGCCAUUGCUGAUCAUGCUGGUGCUGUAUACGAGAAUCGGUAAGGGUCUGUGGCAGCGAAGCCGAACAGGCAACGGCCCUCUUACUGCCCUACCAGGGCAAGGCAGCAAAAAGACCAAAGCUUAUCUGAAAGUGACCUACAAAGGGAAUAAAGCUGUCUCGAGCGUGGAAGACAAAAGCCCCGUGCCUCCUGAGGAAGGUCUGAGGAUACACAUCGGUCGACAGAUCUCCCCACCCCCUGGGGACAGCACCAGUGGUUACAGUGACAGUGAGGACACACCUCGGAGAACGUUGCUCCGUCAUAACAACAACAGUGAGCCAAUGAGUUCAAGCAGCAGCAGCGACGCCCCAGAUAAGAUUGGCCCCUUCUUUGUCGACUACCCGGACGAAACCGAGAUCCUGCAAACUGAAACCGAGGAAUCGAAUAACACGACGGUGCUGUGGAACUCCUGCAACGACAUACUGCUGUGCUCCGGCGCCGGCGGCGACAAAUCGAUACCGACUCGCGAAGACGCGCUCAGAAUCGAAACCGAGAAACCCGGUAGCGACUCCAACGGAAUCGGAUCCCAUCGGGAAAUCUCGAAAUCCGAGACUGUGCUGAACUCUCAUCAGACUACAUCAAACGGUGGUGAUCAUAGCCCAAGCGCCGGCGACGGUAGAGGAGCCUCAGGCAAUUCAGAUACCGACAAAGAGCCUUCUCAGUAUCUGAACCCUGGGAGGAUUUGCGGUGGUGUCAAGUCUCGCCUGAAUAGCAAGUCUGAAGGGGAUAAGCGGCCGGUGAAUCGGAAGUACGAGCCGGCGGCGGUCAGCGCGCAGGGCUCGCCAGGCUACCCCCGGGCUAACCCCCACGCCGUCUCCCGCCAAUGCAUGAAGAAGACUCCCAGUAAGCGCAAGAAGAACGCCGAAGCCGUCAUUCAAGCCCGACGCAAGGUCAUCCGUCUCCUGGUCAUCAUGGUGGUCUGCUUCGCUCUCUGUCUUUUCCCGCUCCAACUCAUGUUUGUCUGGAGCAUUUUUGCCGUCUUCAGUGACCAGACCGUAGCGGGCGCCCUAAUCACAGCUUUCACCUAUCUCGCCUACUUCUUAAACAGCGCCAUCAAUCCGUUCCUCUACGCCUUCCUCUCGGACAAUUUCCGCUCCAAGAUGCGCGAGACGCUCCACUGCGGCUCCAGCCGAGCACGCAGGCAAGUCAGCUUGAGGCAGGCCCGACUGAAGAGCGUCACAUCAGACGCUUACACCGAAUCAGAACUCAUGCCUAGCUGACUAUCAUCCAAAUAAACCAAGAACACUUGCUAGUGCGCAAACUGGGUCAAUCUCUGGUCUGGUAUCCACAUUAGUGCCACCCUGACUAAGCCCCGUCUUACCAAUAACUCCCACAAGACACCGAGUAGAAUGUGAUGAGGAACAUCAGCGAUGCAUAUCUUUCCGCAGACGGUGAUUGUUUUAUCAGCUUCUGGGAGGAGUUGGGAGGAUUUUGAAGUGCAGACACUUUGGCCGUCAUCACUUCCCAAUAUAAGAUUUUCUUUGGAUUAUUGGAUUCAGUCCCUAAUCCCGGAUAAUGAUCUGCCAUGCUGUUAUAGCCGUAAGCUGAACAACAGGCUUCUAAGCCAAAAUCCACAUUGGUUUUGAGUCAGGAAAUACGGAUGGGCUUCUUUGAAGGAGACCAAAGACGUAGAAAAUUGAUUCCCGGCGCUCGGACACAAAAUGGCUUCCGUGAAUCAUGUCGCGUGUAUACUGUUAUCACUCUGACGUGCUCUGCUGGCCAAAAAAAUGCAUGUCGGUGAUCACAACUUGUUGUCUAGCAAUGUGAAAGGCGCCCUCUUUCUGUGAAAGUAGGACAGUGUUAAUCUCAGAGCUACCAUGCACAUUAUGGAUUGUUCAUGUGCAUUUGCGACAACAUCAUUUUGGCUCAAACUUUAUGUAAAAACAAAAUUGUCAGCUGCAUUUUUGAACCUUAUUUAAGAUUUGCGUUUUCCUAGGCACGAAACACUCGAUUUAUUCUUUCACAAAUCUUGCCUGGCACUGCCCCCUGGAUUCCAAACACGGAGGAGACACUUUGAACCUCGUCUUGAGAUGCUGUGCUGUGCAUGUCGUCUUCUUUUUCUUCUUUUUCUGAAACCUGUACCCUCAGGCAGAGGCAGGAAGCAGGUCAAGACAACUUGAUUACUAACAAUUACCCUGAAACUUUUAUUCAUCUUCAAAGAAAGCUCUGCAACCAGACUGUUUGACCUCAUAGCAGCUUAAUGCACUCCCGUGGUGUAAACCUAUUAAAGAAUGUUAAAGUAGAUAUCACAGGCUUUUUCAAGAUUUAAACUGGGUGACGUUGGGGGCGCUGUUGCGCUCUUCAAUGUUUUUUUCGGGUAAAGAAGAAAGAUUGAACGUGUUUAUUCUAAUUCUUGCAAUUUUUUGAUGACCUGAAUCAUUCAGUCUUUAUUUUAAGAAAAUAUCAAAGAGAACGGUGAUUUAAUUUAAAACUUUUAUCGUGAAAAAUGGGAAUGACAGCGCCCUCUGCCUUUUUUUUCAGGCGGUACGUUUAGGUUUGCACGAUAAUAAAAAAUAAUUUCCUCACUACGUAUCUUACAGUUCUUUUUUGAGUAAAGUUAUUAGUUUUGAACCGUUCCAUUCACCUUUAAUGAGAUGCACUUCUAUGGGAAAAAAAAUAAACUUUAAAGGCUUGGAAGAAUGAGUCAUAUCCGUAUUGCAAUAAAAAAUGGCCUUCGGGAAAGAGGUUGAGUGACAAAAUGGCUGCCACUCUUGUCGUCUGAUGAAUGACAACUAACUUUUUUUCCCCCUGAACGAAGUCCUUGCAUACCUCCACUUCUAUAACUUAGUAUUAUUUCUUGCCCCAUUCUUUCAUUCGAAAUAAUGUAUCAACUUGUAUGAAAGGAAUAAAGCUCAUUUUUUGUGAAGGGAAAAUCCUCUAAAGAUUUUGAACAGUAGUUUUUUUGUCCA